UGUUUGGGACGCUGGGUUCGUGGUUGCUGGUUUUCUGCUCCGGGUUUGCUGUCACAGCCUGUUCCUUCCUGGAGCCCGGGACAGACAGGGCACGCGCCCGUCCCAAGGUCGCCCAUCCGCCCUCGCCCCUGGUCCGGGUGGGUGGGAAGCUUUGUCCCGCUCCCUGCCCACUCGAGUCUCCGCAUCGUAGCCGCACCUGCCUCAAUAUGAACGGGGUUAACGACCCCCCUCUUUUUAUAAAAGAUAUUAAGCCCGGACUGAAAAACUUAAAUGUCGUCUUUAUUGUCCUGGAGAUAGGACGCGUGACCAAAACCAAAGACGGCCAUGAAGUGAGAUCAUGCAAAGUAGCAGAUAAAACGGGCAGCAUCACUAUUUCCGUGUGGGAUGAAAUCGGAGGUCUUAUACAGCCAGGGGAUAUUAUUCGGUUGACCAGAGGGUAUGCAUCCAUGUGGAAAGGAUGUCUGACACUUUAUACUGGAAGGGGUGGAGAACUUCAAAAAAUUGGGGAAUUUUGUAUGGUUUAUUCAGAAGUGCCAAAUUUCAGUGAACCUAACCCAGAUUACCGAGGACAACAGAACAAAGGGGCACACAGUGAACAGAAGAAUAAUUCCAUGAAUAGUAAUAUGGGUACAGGUACAUUUGGACCAGUGGGAAACGGGGUUCAAACUGGCCCAGAAGCAAGGGGAUGCCAGUUUUCAUAUGCUGGUAGAAGCAAUGGCCGGGGACCUAUAAAUCCACAGCUACCAGGAACAGCUGAUAAUCAAACAGUCAUGACGACAAUAAGUAAUGGCAGGGACCCUCGGAGAGCCUUUAAAAGAUGACCUAUGCCAAAUACUCACAUGUGGUCUUUAAACUACGUGCCCUACUUGAACACUUACUGCACUUUUAUUUAUUGUUAACUGUGAAGACUGUCCUUUAUCGGUUUCCUCUUACAUUUUUGGUUUGUUAAUGAGUGAUUUGUUUUUUAUAGCAAAACUAUUAAGCUGCUCAAGUCUCCUACUGAAGAACAGGAACACUCUGAAGAAUAGGGGCAUUUAUUUUUAGAGCAAAAAGAUCUCUGGAUAUCCUCUAAAAAACCUGCACCCAUUUCAUGGGUGAGUUACUUAAGACAUCAGCAUUUUAGCCUCUAUGAGUCUAUCUUCUGUAUACAUUUUGUAAUAUUUGAAAUAAGGCUCAGUGGGACAUAUUCUAUUGUCUUAAAUUCAGAUAUUGCCAACUAAAGCAAUAACCACCAAAAAAACAAAAACUUGGUCAAUGCUAACAGCAAUUUGAGUGUUCAUGACUCCAGGAAUUCUUUAUUGAGUGACUGCCAUUGAGAUUUUCCAAGGACUGAAUCAUCCUAAACUCUUUAUUACCAAAAAAUAUGUUCUUUAUUGGAAUUAUGGAACAGAAUGUGAUCUGCAUUACAGCAAGACAUUUUUAGAAGAAAGCUACAUUUAUUUUAGGGUAGUCCUAUUAAUAUUAGCUUCGUGCAUUACACUGAGUGAAAAUUGAAAACUGAGGCCUUGAAUGUUUAUUUUUUGAAACUACUGUGUUAAAUAUUGCAGUUUAAUUUGAGGGAGUUAUGAAGUCAUAAUAAAUAUUAACCUAAUUAUUUUUACAAAUUAUGGUAGAUAAAUACAGUGAAGGCAGUUCAAAUUGAAUUCAUGUAGAAAUAUGUAAUCUUGAUUUAUAGAGUCCUGGGUAUUUGCAGAAACUCAGCCUGGAGAGAAAAUCCUAGGUAUUUACUUUAUUUGAAGGGGGGUGUAUGUGUUUAUUGUCAAAGUUUCUGAACACAUUUCACAAAGCCUUAUCAGCAAAAAUUAAGAAAUGGCUCUCUCAAAGAAGUGAAUACAGCUUUAUGUAGAAAUGGAAAGGCAGAAUGUAUUUAUGUGUUGUAAGUGGUCUCCAGUUCCACUUUUUACUGUAGAGUGGAUAACUGGUAAAUUUUUCCUUUGUUAGAAUUCAGCUCUUCUUCAACAUUAUCUCUUGAAUAAAACUUGCAUUAAUGUUAACAGACCUACCUUAUUUUUACUCUUUUAAUGAUUUACAAUGGAGAGCCAGUACAUUUUACUCUAAUUAUGAUGAUGACUUCAGCCUGCUGACUACUUAGCUCUGUGUCACUUUGUUAUUGUUUAUAGUACUUCAGUAGCUGAAGAUUAAGUUUUAUAGAAGUAAGUUUUUCCUUUAUUCAUACACUGAUGAUUAUAGUUAAUUUGGCUUGUGACUAUUUUCUUAAGAUGUUCACAAAAUUACAGAUGAUCGGGGUAAAAAAAAUAUUAUAAAUUAGUACAUAAUUUAAAAAAUCUAAUUAGAGGUAGGAGCACUAGCACUGAGUUAUUUGUGGGAGAUUAUAGUGUUAGAGGUGAUUUUAAAAGAAAGGAUUUUAGAGUUUUGGAAAAUGAAAAUAUAAGAUAUGAGUUGCUGAGCUUCCAAUCGUGGCCUAAUUUUCUCUUCACCUGUGAUGUUGGGCAAGUUAUUCCACUUGAAACCUCUGUAAGCCUUAGGUUCCAAAACUAUAAAAACAAGUAAGUAAGUAAUAUUACCACUCUGUAGAGUUAUUUAAGAUUUUCCAUGUGAAUGAUUGGAAUGAUUUCUGGCACAUAAUAAGCAGUUAAAUGUUUGUUGUCUAAUCAUACCUCAAGAAUAGAAAAAAAUGCAGGGUUAAGUGUGGAAGUACUGUUACCCUUUAGCAUGUUGAGAUUAACUAGAGAAAGACGUUCUGUUUUACUUUUGUAGUUGACACUUGCCUCAGUAAUUUAAUUUUCUUGUUCUGUGUUCUUUAUCAUUGAUUAACAGAUUUCUUUUUUCUUAAGGGAAGCCUUCAAAACCAAAGCAAAGUGAGUUACAAUCCAUAAUGAAUAUUUGCCUUCCAGCCCACUUGGACAGUACUCAUCAAGAAGUUAAGAGGAAGAAGUUUCCUGCCUUCCUCCUUCCUGGCACAUUCAGCUAUCGACUUUUAAACAAGUUUAAACACCUACAGAACACAUAAGCCAUUUAGUAUAGAGAUACACACUACUAAGUUUGGGUCCCAUUUUAUUUCUACAAAACAGUUUUGAAGUGGAUUGAAAUCUCAUCAGGCAGGGGGCCUGUCUUAUCUGCGUAGGUUCUUUGGGGAGUUGCUAUAGUACAGAAAUGGAAAGAUGAAACCCACAGGGCCAGAUAAUGAUGCGUAAUAGUAAAGGCUGCAUUAUGCUUUCCUGUGAACAUUUAGACACGUUUUCCUAUGUUUUACCAGCUCACUCUUUGCUUUGUUCCUGUAGUUUUCGUAUUCUAUAUUUGAGGACAGUUUAACUUGAGGAUGCCCUAAAUAUUUGUUAUCACUAAGUAUUUGUCACUUGGCUUUUUAUCAUUUAACAUUUUAAGAGAGUUUUCUGAGUUGAGUAAUAAUGCCAAGGGAAUGAUACUAAAAACACGUAGAUGUGAUGUUAGCAAAAAAAAAAAAAAAAAAACAA